AUUUAGACUUCCCACAACUUUAUUUGGUCAAUGGCCACUGAUCACUGUUGUCAACCAUUCACAAAGCCUAAUCCUAAUUUUGGCAAUAAUCAUACUUCAGAGAGAAAGAAAAACAUUCCCACUUUCUGUAAGUGAAAUAGUAGAUGCGCUUCAGUUAAGAGGUAGAUAGCUUGGUUUCUUUUCUGUUCUCCUGCUGUGUGACACACCACAUGGAUGAUGCAGUGAUGUGAGGAGAACAAGAACAUCGGCAGUCUGUCGGUCAUUAUUAAUAAUUAAAAUUGUGAAGCCACAGGCUGGUGGCCUACAGUUUAUAUUCAGAGCACAGAUAACAAUGCUGGCCAGACUUCAUCAUAUAUGCCCCCAAAAAUCGUCCGCCUCUUUAUAUUAUAUAUUAUCUUUUGACUUGAAAUUGAAUUCUUGAAUUCUUUUGACAUGAAAUGAAAACGUUCUUACAGGAAUUUGAUUUAUUUUUAAAUCCUCCGUCCAUGUUAUCACUUACAAAUACACUACAUUUAUCUACAAAAUAUCUUCACACAGUUAGAGACACAAAUAGUUUCGUGUUUGCUUGUGCUUCACAUCUUCAUGUGGAUUUCUAUGUGCGUUGAACUGUGGUUCUGCAGUAUCUUCAUUUUGUCACUGGGUGGCGAUUGUGCUUUUCAGCUUUAAGUUAUCUGCCAUUGCUAGAAGAACACGAAGAAGAUUGUAGUGCGGCUUUAGUUUGUCAUUCGCUUCAAACGCUUGAACACGAUUCUGUCCCAUUUGAAAUUGCCCUACAUGGGAAAAUGGCUGUGAUGCCUGGCAUCAGGUGUUUUUCUAGAAUCAUUCAUUCUCUGACAGCGCAGCAAAGUAUUGGGGUCUUCACAGUUCCAUUUACAUCCAGCUUGCACUCGAGGAUACUUUGCUCUGAAACGUUGAAAAGUAAACCCACAGUUUACCAAGAAAAUGAGUCUCUACUGGAAAAUCUUAAUGUCAUGGGAGUGGACUUGAAGAUGGCCCGCCAGCGGCAACCUGGGGUCUUGCGUAAACUCUUCACCAAUGAGAAAGGCCUCGCUGAGUUCCUGAAAAGCAAAGGAGCAAGUAAACAAGUGAUCGCGGGCAUCAUAUCACGGUAUCCCCGUGCUAUCACGCGCUCGAUCGAACACCUGGAGCACCGCUGGCAGCUGUGGAGAACAAUCUUUAAGACCGAUUCAGAGAUUGUCGCCAUCUUGCAUCGCUCGCCCGAAUCUUUCUUUCGCUCCAGUGAUAAUGGAAACUUGGAAAAGAAUGUAGUUUAUCUUUCAUCAUUGGGACUUGACUCCAAAGAUCUCCAUCGUCUUCUGACCACUGCACCGAGGACUUUCUCAAACAGAGUAGAGCUUAAUAAGCAAAUGGUGGAGCUGCUGGAGGACAUCUGUGUGGAACUGGGGGGAAGAAAUCCGGAGCAGUUUGCCAAAGCUGUCAUCUCAAAAAACCUUUACAUUCUCAUCCGAAGCACAAAGAGAGUCAGGACUAAUGUUGAUAAUCUCAGAUCUUUUUUCAAUCUCACAGACUCUGAACUUCUUGCUCUUAUUCAAGGUCGAGGCGCUGAAAUACUGGACCUGUCAAAUGAAUAUGUGAAAAAUAAUUUCAAGAUCCUGGACAAGAACCUUCGCACUAUGGGAUGCCUUGAAGCUGACAUUAAGAAACUGAUCGCCCAUUAUCCCAUGAUUUUGUACAUUGGCUCUGACACUCUGAGUAGUAAAUUGGAUUGUCUAAUGAAAAGGGGAAUAACGUUGCAGCAGAUCCUAGAGAAGCCCAAAGUGCUGGACUUCAGCACGCAGAACAUUACGGAGAAGUUUGUGGAGCUGGAGAAGAUUGGUUAUGACUUCAAGGCCAAUGGUAUUGGUGUUUUGGACUUGAGUCGAAAGCGCUUCGAUGCAAAGAUGAAAAGGCUUAUCGCCAACUCAGAAGAAAAAAUGUAGCAGCCAUUUUUUAGAAUUUUCUGUUGCAGUUCAAUCGACAAUAUUCUCAAUUUCAACCAAAUAUUAGAUUAUUCAACCGUUAUCUGACCUGAGUGAAUUUCCACCAGAACAUAGUAGGUUCAAAAUGUGUUGGAAUUAUCUUAUAAUAAAUUCUUAAUAUGAUGACCUAAUGCAUUUAUUUUCCAUGACAAAAAACACCAGAGUAUUAAUUUACUGAUGUUCAAAACACAAAUAUGACUUAAAAUUCAUGGAUCCAUGAAUACACUUUCAGAUUUGUAUAUGCUGUAAAUGUCACAUAUUUUAUAUUAAAAUUAAAGUGGAGUCAAAAACGAUUGUCUGCACAUUUAGUAAUUAUUUCGAAUAAAUAUGUAUUCCU